AUGGGUGCGAUUUUUGAGGACAGCCUGGAUGUCAUGCUGGCAGGGGAUCUCUCUGAUUUUAGGGAAAAAAGAGCUGCCAUCCUCGAGCCGGCCUACAAAUCAUAUCUCAUAUCCUCAGAUUUUCGCGAAGACGCACCCCGUCCCUCGUCAACAUAUCUGCUUCCAUCAUCCGAGGUUGUUGCCUUGAUUUCGCGCUGCCCUGAGACUGAAGCAGCGGUCGACCUGCACAUCACCAAGGUAUCAGACACCUUUGCGGAGAAUUUCAUAGGAUACUGCCCCGAACAGAAAUGUGUCGUGUUCAAGGGUGAGAGAGGGUUGAUAGACGACUUCAUAGACUUUAUCGAGUCAGUCGCCGGUGGAAAAGAAGUCACGAUUGUCCUGAAGGCUCCAGAACAAAUUCGGAUACCUCGUGGCGGACUAGAACAAGGCCUCGGGUAUGAGGAAUUCGUGGCUCGCGUCGAAAUUCUCGAGUGCGCUUUAUGGAUUGGAAACUCGCCAAGCGAACAGGAAGAAGGUGGAAUCCAUUUCAACGAACUUGCUGCAGAUCCUAAACUCGUAGAGCAGAUCACAUCCAACCGAAUGCCAACAUCCGACUAUGUCAAUAUCACAAAUGGCAACAGUCUCAGUAACGAAGAGCCGUCAAACACAAACUCGACCAACAUGAGGAGCCCACCGACGGGUGCCUCAUCUCCUUUAUCUGAGCCUCCAUCGUCUUUUUCGACCGACACUCCAUCAUCUCCUCUAUCUGACCCUCCAUCUGAUAUCAAUGAAAUUUCAUCACACAACUGGGACGACCACGACGAAUCAUCGUCUUCCUCGCCUUCCUCGUCUGAGGGUGCUGAGACCCCUCCCUCGCUUAGGGAGUGGGAAUAA